AAAAAUAUCUAAUGUGUUAAAAAAGUGAUGUCAAUGAUCUCGGCACACACUAGAAUUAGUGUCUACGAGAACCACGACGAGCCUGCACGGACCGAUCACGAGUCUCUCGACGGUGAAUAAGCCACGACUUCAGUCUCCUUAUAACCCAACGUGGCCCUUCUUACACCGCACACGUGUCAUCAUCUCCUUCUUCCUCAAACCCGCGAGCUCUUUAAUCCUCUUUUAAUUAAUUAAUUGUAUGUCUAUCGUCUUCCCCUAUAUAUACCUAAAUCAGUCGCUUUUUGCUUCUGCUGUCUGUCACUCAGUAACUUCUCUUUCUCACUUACACACUCUCUCUCUCUCUCUUUCCGUUGCUUGACUUUGUGGUCAGCGUAAUAAAUACAUAUAACCGCCGUAUAAAAUGGGAAGAGCGCCGUGUUGCGAGAAGGUCGGUAUUAAGAGAGGGCGGUGGACGGCGGAGGAGGACCAGAUUCUCUCCAACUACAUUCAAUCCAACGGCGAAGGAUCUUGGAGAUCUCUCCCCAAAAAUGCCGGAUUAAAAAGGUGUGGAAAGAGCUGUAGGUUGAGAUGGAUAAACUAUCUUAGAUCCGACCUCAAGCGUGGGAACAUAACUCCAGAAGAAGAAGAACUUGUUGUUAAAUUGCAUUCCACUUUGGGAAACAGGUGGUCACUAAUUGCUGGUCAUCUUCCAGGGAGAACAGACAACGAAAUAAAAAAUUAUUGGAACUCUCAUCUCAGCCGUAAACUCCACAACUUUAUUAGGCAGCCGUCCAUCUCUCAAGACGUCUCCGCCGUAAUCAUGAACGCUUCUUCAGCGCCACCGCAGCCGCAGGCAAAACGCAGACUCGGGAGAACAAGUAGAUCCGCCAUGAAACCAAAAAUCCACAGAACAAAAACUCGAAAAACAAAGAAAACAUCUGCACCGCCGGAGCCUAACGCCGACGUGGCGGUGGCUGAGGAAGGAGCAUUAAUGGUGGAGUUAAGUGGAGCCGAGGCUGAGCUAGGACCAUGUGACUACUAUGGAGAUGAUUGUAAUAAAAAUCUCAUGAGCAUUAAUGGCGAUAAUGGAGUUUUAACGUUUGAUGAUGACAUCAUCGAUCUUUUGUUGGACGAGUCAGAUCCUGGCGACUUGUACACAACGUGCGGUGGUGAUGGGGAGUUGAAUAACAUGCGAGACUCUGAAGGAGCCAGAGGGUUCUCGGAGACUUCGAACCAAGGGAAUCUCGACUGUCUUCUUCAGUCGUGUCCAUCGGUGGAGUCGUUUCUCAACUGUGACCACCAAGUUAACGAUGCGUCAACGGAUGAGUUUAUCGAUUGGGAUUGUGUUUGGCAAGAAGGUAGUGAUAAUAAUAUUUGGCAUGAGAAAGAGGGUCCCGACUCAAUGGUGUCGUGGCUUUUGGACGGUGAUGAUGAGGCCACGAUCGGGAAAAGUAAUUGUCAGAACUUCGGAGAACCGUUGGAUCAUGACGACGAAAACGCUUUGGUCGCUUGGCUUCUGUCUUGAUGAUAUUGAUUGAUCCGUUAAGUAAUCUUUUUUUUUUUGUGUAUUCACAGUUUGAAUCUAUUCCACGUCGCAUCAUAUCUUCAACUUAUGUGCGUAUGCCCUUCUCUUCGUUGUUUGGUUUAUUUUGGAAAGUUUAGGAUCUAAAUAUUAGUCCAUUAGUUAGAAUUAUAUGUAUAAUGCAAUAAAACUCAUGGGAUGCUUGUAUUAGAAGGUUAAAAUAUUGCAUUCGUUGUUUUAGUUGAAGAAUUCAAUUAAUCUGGUAUUUUUGUUUGUAACGUAUUUACUAUUGUCAUGUAAUCUAAUAAAGAAGGUACGAAAUGUAGGUGAACAUUUGUUUGGGUUGUA